GAAAUUCAGGGGAAAAAAAAAAGGCCAUUUACUUCCUUCUAUCCCCACCUCUGCCAACCCCAGCUGCCGGCGAUGGCCACCUCCAUUUCCUUCACCACCCCGAAGCUGACCACCUCCUUCUCCUCCUCCCCUGCCCUCCUCCAAACCCUCCUCUUCUCCCGCAAGCUCUCUGUCUCCUCUAUCCCCUUCCCUCCUCCUUCCGCCCCUCUAAUUUCCAGCCUUUACUCCCACUCCCUCUGCUGCCGCCGCCUCCGCCGCUUCCGCCGCUUCUCCGUCAGCGCGGAGUCCGACAACGGCGCCGACCCCUCUGCCCCCCGCCACUAUGACUUCGACCUCUUCACCAUCGGGGCCGGAAGUGGCGGCGUCCGCGCCUCCCGGUUCGCCGCCAAUUUUGGCGCCACCGUCGCUGUCUGCGAGCUUCCUUUCUCCACCAUAUCUUCCGAAACCACCGGCGGCGUAGGUGGAACAUGUGUGCUUCGGGGUUGUGUGCCGAAGAAAUUACUUGUUUACUCAUCCAAAUACUCUCAUGAAUUUGAAGAGAGCAUGGGUUUUGGAUGGAAAUAUGAGACUGAGCCCAAGCAUGAUUGGAGUACCUUAAUGGCUAACAAGAAUGCUGAGUUGCAGCGCCUCACUGGUAUCUAUAAGAAUAUCCUGAACAAUGCUGGCGUCACUUUGAUUGAAGGUCGUGGAAAGAUUGUGGACCCACACACAGUUGAUGUGGAUGGAAAACUCUACUCAGCAAGGCACAUACUGAUUUCAGUUGGGGGACGACCCUUUAUCCCUGAAAUUCCUGGAAGUGAAUAUGCAAUAGAUUCUGAUGCGGCACUUGAUUUGCCCUCAAAACCUGAAAAAAUUGCAAUCAUCGGGGGUGGGUACAUUGCCUUAGAAUUCGCUGGUAUCUUCAAUGGCUUGACGAGUGAGGUCCAUGUAUUUAUAAGGCAGAAAAAGGUUUUGAGAGGUUUUGAUGAAGAGGUAAGGGAUUUUGUUGCGGAACAGAUGUCUCUACGAGGAAUUGAAUUCCAUACAGAGGAGUCACCUCUGGCAAUUCAGAAGUUGCCUGAUGGUUCACUGUCCCUUAAGACAACUAAAGGAACAGUUGAAGGUUUCUCACAUGUUAUGUUUGCUACUGGACGCAGGCCUAAUACCAAGAACUUAGGAUUAGAGUCAGUUGGAGUGAAAAUGACAAAAAAUGGUGCAAUAGAGGUUGACGAAUUCUUGCGAACAUCUGUCCCUUCCAUUUGGGCAGUUGGAGAUGUAACUGAUAGAAUAAAUUUGACUCCUGUUGCCCUGAUGGAGGGAGGUGCAUUGGCAAAAACGCUUUUUCUCAAUGAACCAACAAAACCUGAUUAUAGAGCUGUUCCAUCUGCUGUAUUUUCUCAACCACCGAUUGGGCAAGUUGGUCUCACUGAAGAGCAGGCAAUUCAACAAUAUGGUGAUGUUGAUAUCUAUACAGCAAACUUCCGGCCGUUAAAGGCUACUCUUUCUGGGCUUCCCGACCGGGUCUUCAUGAAACUCAUAAUUCGUGCAAAAACAAACAAGGUUCUUGGGUUGCACAUGUGCGGCGAAGAUUCUCCUGAAAUUGUGCAGGGAUUUGCUGUUGCUGUUAAGGCUGGUCUGACCAAAGCAGACUUUGAUGCUACAGUGGGUGUUCAUCCAACAGCUGCAGAGGAAUUUGUCACAAUGAGGACUCCCACACGGAAGAUAAGAAAUCGCUCUCCACCUGAGGGAAAGGAUUCUGAGGCUAAAGCUGCAGCAGGGGUCUAGUCUAAGUAUGGAUUCUGAUGGAAACAAGGAUUGUUGCCAGAAGUGACCAAUGGGAAGUACACUGCUACAGAAGAAUUCUCCUCAGCAUUGGGAUAUUCAACUUGGUGGCCUGAAGCGGAAAAAUCUGUUGCCGGGGCAAAUCAACCACUUUACAACUGAGUAGUUGUUCUGAUCCUGCACCGACUAUACAGUCUUGAGCAUACGGAGAUACGGAACUGCUGGCUAGAUAGAAAAAGAGGAUAGGGAUGAUUUCCCCCAUGCAGUUUUCAAUUCGUUGUGUAUUGUCUAAAUAAAGUUCUCAUUUUCUCUUUCCUUCAUUUCCUCCUCUUUGGUCUUUAUACAAAGUUCACAGACACAGGAGACGCAGAUUUUGCGGUUUAUGGAGUAUGCAGAUGUCCGCUUGUGCAAUGUUUGUUUCCAA